UGUCAUUGAAAAGAGUCAACUAAAAUUGCGAAUCUUUGGGCGAGUUGUUUUGUUUUCCAAAAAGUAUUUUUUUUAAACGCCUAGCCAUGCAACGAGAAGAAAAACAACGUGAAUCGAUGCUUGACGCUCUGCAAACUCGUCUUAACGAUUUGAAAAUAUCAAUCGGCGGCAUGAUUCAUAAAAUCGAAACGGAAUAUGAGACCAUCAACUGGCCAACUUUUUUGGACAACUUUGCCCUGAUUUCAAGUCAUCUCACAGGCCUGACGAAAAUUCUGUCGCACGAAAUGGGAACACCGCUGAGGAAUUUGACCGUGUUACCACUACUAUUAUCACCUGAACGAGAUGAAGCCCUGCUACAGCUGACCGAAGGACGCAUAUCGGUUUUCUCUCAUGACAUGGUGCCCGAUUAUCUGAGAACCAAACCUGAACCAACCGCCGAACAACGAAUGCUGCAACACGAACAGAAAGCGAACAGUUUAAUAGCCGAGACGGCAAUAAAACAAGUGGCUCAAUACACCAAAGUUGUUUCGCACGUCUUCGAUUCGGUUAGCAAGGCACGAGAGGAAUGGGAAGUGGAAUCGUCGACUCGAUCAGGUAUACAGCAAACGAGUAGCAUGUCCGAUACACAUACACUGGUUAGUGCAAUUGGUAUGGGAAAAGGACUGAAAGGAAUUAUGCCGCCGGUUGGUGGUCCUGGACCAGCUGGUAUGAUUCCACCAUCUAUACGGCCACAGGCUUCAAUGAGUUCGGUUAGUCCAUCGGGUGCGAAUCAGAUAGGAAAAGCACCGUCAGCUAUUAAGACGAAUAUUAAAUCAGCCAAUCAAAUCCAUCCAUACGGCCGGUAGUGAAUUAAGUGAAUGUUGUAGCCAGAUCAAUAAAUGAACCUCGGAAUGAACGAAUU